UUUUAAAAAUUAAAAUAAAUUGAAAACUAUUAAAAUUAUUAAUUUUAAAACCUAUUCAUCUCAUCUUUCAAAGUGAAAGUUUACAAAUUAAUUUCUUGCGCUCUUGAUUUUUAAUUUUCUUUUAUUUAAUUAAUUUUAUAAAUAAAAAAUUAAUUAAAUUAAUAAUCAUGGGUGACUAUGAUGAAGAAAAAAGGGUGAAAGCACCAAAUAAGAACCUCAGCAGUUUAGAUGUUGACAUAUUCCAUCAUCUGGGAAUAAACUCAAAAUGCAAACACUUCAAUAAUAUUUUCAGUGAUAUUAAGUUUGUAUGCAUGGGAGGCAGCCACAAGAGAAUGGGGUACCUCGCGCAGUACGUGGCUGACGAGUUGAAGAUAGAUAUCCCAGCAGGCUGUGCACUGACCAACAUCAGUCACCAAACAGACAGAUACGUCAUGUUCAAAGCCGGUCCCGUCCUUUGUGUCAACCACGGCAUAGGAGUCAAUUCAACAAUGGUCGUUCUACAUGAAGUCAUCAAGGCCCUGCACUAUUCACAAGCCUCUGAUGUCCAUGUCUUCAGAGUUGGGACGUCUGGCGGACUUGGUUUGGAGCCGGGCACAGUGGUGUUGACAAGUGAAGCGCUGGAUGGGUGCUUGAGAAAUUUCUUAGAAGUGCCGAUUUUAGGAGAGAUGGUAAAGAAGCCAAGCAAGCUGGAUGGCCAGCUGAACAACAAACUUCUCCAAUGUGCUCUCAAAGACGACGACUUCCAGAUCAUUCUUGGCAAAACAAUUUGCGCCUGGGAUUUUUAUGAAGGGCAAGGAAGAUUGGAUGGUGCAGUUUGUGAGUAUGAUGAAGAGAAGAAAAUGAAUUUCCUCAAGAAGGCCUACGACUUUGGCGUUCGUAAUUUAGAGAUGGAGGCACUUGCCUUUGGAUAUCUAUGCAGCCAGGCUAACAUAUCAUCUGCGGUGGUCUGCUGCACAUACUUGGACAGAUUCAAGGGUGACCAGGUGACGGCCAGCCACGAGACUCUGGCCAAGUGGCAGGACCGACCGAUCAGAGUCGUCGUCAGGUAUAUGAAACAGUAUCUCAACAUCAGAGUGUGA